CUAUUUUCUAUCCCUUCGCCACCAAACCAUCACACGCCAUUUCUCAAAGUCUUCCCUUCACCCCCCACUCCCACUCCAAACCAGAUUCCCUCACCGCAGAUCGUCGUCGUUUUGCUCUCCAUCCAAGACGACGCCGUAUUUGGUUCUCUAAAUGUAAUCUCUGCUUACAAAAAAAAAAAAAACCCAAAAGGUUCUGUUGUUGUUGUUUUUUUUUUUUUUUUUGGGUUCGGUUUUUUGGGUAUGGAUCGGGCGUCGGUGACGGUUGGACCGGGCAUGGACAUGCCGAUCAUGCACGACAGUGACCGUUACGAUCUGGUCCGAGAUAUCGGGUCCGGGAAUUUCGGCGUGGCGAGGUUGAUGCAGGACAAGCAGACCAGGGAGCUAGUUGCUGUCAAGUAUAUCGAACGUGGUGAUAAGAUUGAUGAAAAUGUCAAGAGAGAAAUCAUUAAUCAUAGGUCUCUCAGACACCCUAACAUUGUUAGGUUUAAGGAGGUCAUUUUGACACCUACUCAUCUGGCCAUUGUAAUGGAAUAUGCAUCUGGAGGAGAACUCUUUGAGCGAAUCUGCAAUGCUGGGCGUUUUACUGAGGACGAGGCUCGUUUCUUCUUUCAACAACUAAUUUCUGGGGUCAGUUAUUGCCACGCAAUGCAAGUAUGUCAUCGGGACCUAAAGUUGGAAAACACUUUGUUGGAUGGAAGCCCAGCGCCUCGUUUGAAGAUAUGUGAUUUUGGGUACUCCAAGUCUUCAGUGCUUCAUUCGCAACCAAAGUCAACUGUGGGAACUCCUGCAUAUAUUGCUCCAGAAGUAUUGCUGAGACAAGAGUAUGAUGGCAAGAUUGCAGAUGUUUGGUCCUGUGGAGUAACGUUAUAUGUGAUGCUAGUCGGAGCAUAUCCUUUUGAAGAUCCUAAUGAACCAAAGGAUUUCCGGAAGACAAUUCAGAGAAUUCUCAGUGUCCAGUAUUCUAUUCCAGAUUUUGUUCAAAUAUCUCCAGAGUGUCGCCACCUUAUCUCAAGGAUCUUUGUUUUUGACCCUGCAGAGAGAAUCACCAUGCCUGAAAUUUGGAACCAUGAAUGGUUUUUGAAGAAUCUCCCUGCGGACCUGAUGGAUGAGAAGAUAAUGGGUAACCAAUUUGAGGAGCCAGACCAACCCAUGCAGGGCAUUGAUAUAAUCAUGCAGAUAAUUUCAGAAGCUACAAUACCAGCAGCUGGGACCUAUUCUUUAGACCAGUUGAUGGCAGAUAACAUUGAUAUGGAUGAUGACAUCGAUGAAUUAGAAUCUGAAUCUGAGCUUGAUAUAGAUAGCAGUGGGGAAAUAGUGUAUGCCAUAUAAUAUAAUCAUCGUCUGCACCUGAAAGACAGCAUAUUAGGAGAGCAUCAUAACAUUGGGAUUUAUGGCAUUUUCAGCAUCAAGGAAAGAGAUAUAUGUGGUGGUCACAUUUCCUGUAGAUUAGGAUGGAUAAUGCAAAGAAGUUCAUGUUAAUUUAUAUAUGUUUGCGUGCUUCUUGGAGUUUCCAACGUCCACACCAUUUGUCAGUAUCAUUUUACACUCUAGAAGAAGUUGGUAGCUGUGGGAAGAAAUUAUUGUUAUCCUUUCCUUACUAGCUGGUGAAUACUUGCUUUAUAUAUUAUAUUUUGCCGUUAGGUUAAGUGAGUCAUGUUUCAUGCCCCUGCUUAUAUGCACAUACUACGUGUAAACAGUUAAUUUUUAUUAUGCAUAUUCGUCACAUAUCCUAGUUUAUGGACUUCCUUCUUAGUUAUGUGUAUGUGUAUGUAUCAUGUGAUGUAGCACAUUUUAUUCCUGUAAACUAUUUCGAUCUGUUUUGCUCCUUUCGGUUGGCACAUU